AUUUGUGUUACACUACUACUACUACUACUACUACUGCUACUACUAGUAAUAAUAAAGAAGAAGAAUACGUAAUAGAUUUUUUUUGUCCAGUUCAGUAUCGAUCAACUUUUUUCGACUUAACUCAUGGAAAAUUGGAAAGAUACUGCGGUCGAUCUGUGCAGAUCUCAUCGCACCCGUGCUCUGGAAUUUUUUCUUUUGGAUAUUUUACCAUUUCUCCAUUAUGGGUGAGCCAUGUUUUUCAUUAUAGCUUACUGUUACACAUAUUUUCUCUCUAUUCCUAAGCUGAUUAUACGUUUUUGGUGUCUCUUAAACAAUUUGUGUGUCUAUACAUGUUUUAAGCUUUGUGCUCUUUUCAUGCUGUGUAUUGAUACCUGUAUCUUACAUUAUUUGCAUAUACUUGUACAUGUAUAUAUAUGUAUUGCCACUACUGUUUCAUUGUGUAUAAUUGUAUCAUUUUUGUCCUCUGCCCAGCUGGCCAACACCCUCAAUCAGCUGGGCCUCCUCUCUCUCAGCUAUUCAAUUUCUCAAGCAUUGGCAGUGGACAUUGCUGCUUUGCUAGAACGGCUCUGCUCUUCACCUGUACCCCCAGGGUUUCCUCAUAAUCCUGCUUAUCGUAUUAUUCCGAUGGCGACUUAUGCCCAAGCAUCUACUCAAACUGAGGCUCACUUGUCUCCCAUAUCCUCUGUGGACAGUAGUCUUGCUACGACCACACCUCCAGAUUGCAUUUUUGGAGAUCUCAUGAAGAUCACCACGACUGGAGCAGCUAAGGAAACGGCUGCCCAGGACAACUACACCAUAAGUGGUGUGCAAGCCUCACAUAAAAUGGCUGAAGUUGAUCUGGAGAGGAUGAACCAGUACAAGACCAUCAUCAUGAAAGUUGCCAGAGCUAAAAAGAUGGACCCAGCUGUGAUCGCAGGAAUCAUAUCCAGAGAGACGAGGGCUGGAUCAUGUGGAUCAGGGCUUGUUGGUGGCUGGGGAGACAAGGGCAAUGCCUUUGGACUUAUGCAGGUUGACAAACGCUACCACUGUCCAGCAGGAGACUGGGACAGCGAGGAACACAUGAUCCAAGCUACUGAUAUUUUAAUCACUUUCAUUAAAACAAUUCAAGAAAAAUUCCCAGACUGGUCCAAGGAAGAUCACUUGAAAGGAGGAAUCGCAGCCUACAACGCUGGCCCGGGAAAUGUCUGCUCUCAUGAGGGCAUGGACAGCAAGACUACAGGGAAGGACUAUGCGAAUGAUGUAGUGGCUAGGGCCCAGUGGUUCAAACGCAAUGGCUACUGAGCAAUAUAUCUCAAGUGCAAUGGCUUCUGAGCAUUAUAUCUCAAACACAAUGGCUAUUGAGCAAUAUAUCUCAAACGCAAUGGCUAUUGAGCAAUAUAUCUCAAAUGCAAUGGCUUCUGAGCAUUAUAUCUCAAACGCAAUGGCUACUGAGCUUUAUAUCUCAAACGCAAUGGCUAUUGAGCAUUAUAUCUCAAACGCAUGGCUUCUGAGCAUUAUAUCUCAAAUGCAAUGGCUUCUGAGCAUUAUAUCUCAAAUGCAAUGGCUUCUGAGCAUUAUAUCUCAAACGUGAUGGCUAUUGAGCAAUAUAUGUCAAAUGCAUUGGCUACUGAGCAUCAUAUCUCAUGAUGCACUGCAUAACUCAUACACUACUUUUUGAAUUUAUCCUUAUAUUGCAUUGAUGGAUCAUGUGGAUGAUUUGUGACUAUUCAUUUCUUCCUAAGUAUCAAACAUAGUAAUUACAGUAUUAGUCUUAUGAAACGUAUUUAACAUUAAAAUAUACAGUAUGUUCAUUAAAUAACCUGUUGAUUAAUAGUAGUACAAACAGUGAAUGUAACAGUAGGAUGUGGUUUUUCUGAGGUGGCUCUGUUAUGGUGUGAGGGGCAUUUAGUUUUGCUGGCAUGGUUUGUAUCCACUUUUUUUCCUUAAAUAAAGGCAUCACUACAAAUCAAUACAAA